UGCGCAUGCGCCUGGGGACAAAAACCAAACAAAGUAUGUCACUUCCUGGCCCUGCACAGGUGAUUAGGAAACGUUUGGAAACUGAAACUCUAGAAACCCGUGACGACUGUGAUGAGAUGGCUUGAAAAGAGUUAUAGACAGUUGCAUUAAAAGAAGCAAAGUGUAUAUGUGUAAGCCAUGGCCUGUGCCCAAGUGCCACUGGAUGAGCAACAGGUGACUGAGCCCGGCCCCCUGGGAAAAGAACACACACUGCCUGCGCUGCACCCGGCCAGGAAGGAAGAGCGUUGUUUUGUGCCUUAUAAGCCCCCACCAGAAGACGGUUCUCCUGCUGAGGUGGAGGAAUUUUUAGAACUUGCCAAAUUCAUCACAGAGGACCUGGAGUGGCUGCUUACACUGCCGCAUGACAAGUUCUGGUGUCAGGUGGUGUUUGAUGAAUCUCUGCAGACAUGCCUGGAUUCAUACCUGCAUCACGCUCCUCGUGGCCUUGACCUCGCCACCCUUCCCUCCUCCCCAGCAGUGGCUGACGUGCAGCGCUCCAUCCACAGGGCAGUCUUCUUGACCUUCCUCAGGAUGGCCACACAUAAAGAGUCCAAGGAGAACUUCAUCACUCCGGCAGUGUUUGGAGAAAUUAUCUAUGACAACUUCCUAUUUGACAUUCCUAAAAUUCUGGAUCUAUGUGUGCUCUUUGGAAAGGGCAACAGCCAGCUGCUGCAUAAGAUGAUUGAGAACAUCUUUAAACAGCAGCCGUCAUACUAUAGCGACCUGGAUGAGGCGGUGCCCACUGUGCUACAGGUGUUUGACACCAUCUUGGAUAAGUGUGGUCUCUACUGUGAAGGAGCCACGGCCAUGGAGCCAAUGAAACUGAGUGCACACAAACGGCCCACUGCCAUGACAAUGAGCCAACAGGAGCUCACAGACCUCAUUCUGUACCUGUGUGACUCGACCACCACCAUCCACGCCUUCCUGGACAUCUUCCCUGCUGCCUGCUCCAGCUUCCACUCCCAUGGUUUCCUUAGCAGACUGACCUCCUUUUAUGAGACUGCUGUGCCUGACCUUGAAAAGGCGGUAAGGAAAAGAAACUUUGAUGAUAAAGGUCUUCAGGAGGACUUGUGGAAGAGGUUGUCCCACUCGUGUCGCAAGAUGGUGGAGACGGCUCACACGCUGCUGCAUCACACCUGUUUACAGCCCAUCUUGGAGGGAGGAGAAAACAUGCAAACAUAUGCAGAGGAGCUUCUUCAACAUUUCACAUCUUUCUUAACUGAGAAAAGGUUUGUGUCAGACUAUGAUGAGCAGUUCCCCAUCGCGGACGACAUCAGCCUCCUACAGCAGGCCCUCCCUGUCAUUGAUGAGACCCGGACAUCCUAUCUGCUCCAGGGGGUGGAAAGUGCCUGGGACAGCGUGGGGCGGCGGAAACCACAGAGUCAGAUACAGGACAAAGUCCCCUCCAUCUCAGCCUAUCAUGGAGAAGCAGUUGGUGGUGCUGCUGCAUUUUCAGCUGGCUUUCAGGAGGACCAAGAGCCAGAAGGAGGAGGAGCAGUAGGAGAGAGUCUGAGGGGAGCAGAGGCCAUGUUGGAUGUUCCUCAAAAGGGAAACAAUGGUUCGGUGUGUUCAGUGAGUGGGACGGAGCUGGAGUCUCUGCUGUCGUGCAUCAGGGAUCUGCUCCCUGAUUUGGGUGAAGGCUUCCUGCUGGCCUGCCUGAAGGAGUAUGACUACAACUCUGAGCUGGUCAUCAACAACAUCCUAGAGGGCCGUCUGGCCCCUAACCUGGACAAACUGGACCGUGCCAUGCCGAGGCCAGUGAAGGAGGAGCUUCCAGACGUUCUGAACUCCAGAUCCAACGUGUUUGAUGAUGACGAGUUUGACGUCUUCCGCAGGGAACAGGUGGACAUGUCUCGCAUCUGGAAGGGCAGGAGGAAAGGUGAGAGCACUCGAGAGAUGUUGAACGAUAAGCAGCACGUAGCAGAGCAGAGGGCUCGCUACCAGGCCUAUGAGACGGUGGUGGACGAGGUCGUCAUUGAACCCGGUGAAAGUGCAGCCACCUACAGCCUGGAUGACUACGACGAUGAGUACGACGACACCUACGACAUGAACCAAGUGGGAGCAAAUGAUCUCGAUGGAGACAGUUUGCUGAACAGAAGGCCAUUUACAGUCCCACAGGUACUCAGAAAAGGAAACAAAGCAGAGCAUGACGAGGAGAGUGAAGACGGGGAGGAGGAAGAGACUUUACCGAACAAUGAAAAGAGGGACCACUUCGUGCAGGACCCAGCUCUGCUGAGGGAGAGGGCUGAAGCUAGAAGAGCUGCCAUGCAGCAGAGGAAAGGUUUCCGACCUGAACGUCCCAGUAACGUGGUGGGAAAACCCAAAGGCCAAGGACAAACCCUGGAGACAGUACUGGACCGUCGCAAAAAGGAGGCCAACAAGAGCCGCGGGUCAAAUCACAACCGCCGAACAAUGGCUGACCGCAAGAGGAACAAAGGCAUGAUCCCCUCCUGACCCACGUGAUGACGGCCUGCAGCUUGAACCAGACAGAUUGAUGUUAGGAGGGAGGGACGGCAGGAAGUCAUCUGAGGUGUGUGAAUCAGAGAAGGGAAUG